GCCAGACGCAGGGACGCCGCGCUUCGAGUCCUGCCAACACUUCAUAUUUAGAAUACGAAAAUCUAAGAGAAAAAAAACUGAGCCCACAACCCUGUCCCCUGUUCACUUACUUACCAUGAUCACAUGAUGGUGCUCGGAAAGAUUUCGAGGCAACUCUGCAGCUUAAAGAAAAUCCCACGGUCAUGUGACUCCAGAUACUUCUGGGAAUGGUUGAAUACAGUGUUUAAUAAAGUAGAUCACGAACGCAUCAGGGAUGUUGGCCCUGACAGGGCAGCAUCUGAAUGGCUACUUCGGUGUGGGGCCAAAGUACGCUACUGUGGCCACCAGAAGUGGCUAGCGGACUACAACAACCUCCCAGGAGGCUCCGUGGACAGAUACAAGAUCCAAGCAAUUGAUGCCACCGAUUCCUGUAUCAUGGACAUUGGAUUGGAGCACAUGGAGGGCCUAGAGCAUGUUGAGAAAAUAACACUGUGCAAGUGUCAUUACAUUGAAGACAACUGUUUGCAGAGGCUCAGUCAACUUGAAAAGUUACGAAAAAGCCUGUUGGAAAUGGAAAUAAUUGCCUGUGGGAAUGUCACAGACAACGGCAUCAUUGCUUUGCGACAUUUUAGGAACCUCAGGUAUUUGUUCUUAAGUGAUCUUCCUGGAGUGAAAGAUAAAGACAGUCUUGCCCAAGUCUUCAAGACAGCACUGCCUGCUCUAGAGCUGAAAUUAAACCUGAAGUAAAAUAAGUCUGUGCUCUCAGUUUAAAGCGCCAUUUGAAAGUGCUAAUGCUCAAUAGCCGCAAACACGACCUAGCCACCGCAGGACUGAGAGACAGUUUGGGAGUGGAGACUGGACAUUAGCUGGAAAGUAAAUGUGUAAACGUGACUCGCUAAAGUUACUUAGUUGGAAGUGAGAAAUUAUGUACAUUGGAUCACUUUAAAAAUUACAGCGUAAGCCGGGCGGUGGUGGUGCACGCCUUUAAUCCCAGCACUCAGGAGGCAGAGGCAGGCAGAUCUCUGUGAGUUCGAGGCCAGCCUGAUCUAUAAGAGCUAGUUCCAGGACAGGAACCAAAAGCUAUGGAGAAACCCUGUCUCGAAAAAUCCAAAAAAAAAAAAAAAAAAAAAAAUUACAGCAUAACAGGGUGGUGAUGGCACAUGCCUCUAAUCCCAGCCCUCGGGAGGCAGAGGCUGGCAGAUCUCUCUGAGUUCAAGGCCAGCCUGGUCUACACAUUGGGCCAGUGCUGGUUAAAACUGAACACAGGUUCUUGUCUGUAUCUCAACUAGUUUUGCUGGUAAAACAAAACAAGAACCAAAAAAAUCCCUACUGUCCUUCUGCUUCAAACAAAAUGUUAGUGUGUUGAUUAAAAGCUAAAUUUUGCUAUCCCUCAAAUAUUUUGAAUGUUGCCUCCUUUGAAAUCAAGGGACAUGAAAAUGAAUUUUAUAUCUAGAAAACACUAAUAAAGAAUGUCAUAAGGGGAUUAAAAUCAGUCUUUAAUGUUUUACUUGAAAUAGCUGUAUUUCCAUCGUCAUAGUUACAUGCUGUUUCGUGUGUAGGUUUCUGUAAUGUAUGGUUGGUUAUCAGGUUGCUGACUGUAAAUCUGACUGGGAAUGACCUGCAGUGCAGGUUUCAGGCAGAAAGGGGAGCGUUAGCUGUUUUUAGAACUGUGCUUGUGGAAAAACACCCUCAUUUGUGGGAAAAUGCAAAUGACAUAUAUCCCUGUCAUUUACAAGGCAGAAAAUAGUAAAUAGGAACAAAGACAGGGUAGAACACAUGUAGAAUGGGCUCAUGCGGUGCGUGGUGAUUCCGUGUGGAAGAUGAGGUUUGCAGAAAUCGCCCCAUUGAGCAUGAGCAUAAAUGUAACAGAUUACACUGAAGACAGUCAGACCCUUUUAUCUCAGGUUUGUUUCAGUACUGCGUGGCCCACCCGCCAGUUCGUCCUGACUCCAUCUGGAGAGACUUUGCUAGUCUGCAGUUUUCUAUAAAACUACUGAAUAAACUAGGCAGUUACAGUCAUUUGCUUUUUUCAAAUACAUUUUUAUUGAUUUAAGCGGGCAAAAAAGGCAAUUUGAACUACUCACAGAAGUUGGUAUCCUUCCUUGUCAUUUAAAUCAUGGCUAUUAAGAGGAAUUGAAAACUAUUGGAGCUGUUAUUCAGCCCCUGCCAGGUCUGUGGGAGAAGCUAUAUAUAUUUAGGAAGUCGUAAUUUGCCUGGGAGUAGCCAAGAUUACUGAACAGAGGACGGAAUUUAGUGAACUGCAUGGCGAUCAGUGACUGGGGCUGAGUGGUGUCAUGAAAGCGCAGAAGAGAUGUUCUGGGGAUGCAGUAGAGCUUCGAAGCCUGUGUCUGAGAACUGUGAACUAGCAGCACAUGAACCGGAAAUGAUAGUGAGAUGCUGAUAUGGGGCUUACAUUGCCCGUGUCCAG